AAACCAUUCAAAGGACAGACCACUGCAUCCAAACUCAAGAGAUAUAAUGAGCGACGGAUUUUGGGGUAUUCUCCGGAGCAGUUGUAUGAAGUGGUGUCUCGUGUGGAAGACUACCAUCUCUUCGUCCCCGCGUGUGUUAAGUCCCAAGUGAUUGAACGCCACAACACAUACCUGUCCGCUGAGCUCGAGAUCGGAAUUCCGCCACUAAUUUGGGAGAAAUACACGUCAAGAGUGCUUCUCUCGAGACCUCAUUCAGUGACCGCCAAAUGCAUCGACGGAAAGCUCUUCAGGUAUCUCGAGACCAAUUGGCGGUUCAGCGAUGGCUUGGCUCACAAUAAGCAGAGCUGUUGCUUGGAUUUCAGUGUCUCCUUUGAGUUCAGAUCUUUAAUUCACUCGCAAUUGGUUCACGUCUUCUUCGACGAAAUGGUCCGCAAGACUGUCAAUGCGUUUCUCAAGAGAGCGGAACAAUUGUAUGGCAAACAAAGUCUUCCCCCG